AUGGCUGUAUCCAACACUCAACGACACACACAAAACCAGGACCAGGUCAACGACAACCCUCUAUUCUUCUUCAUGCCCAAUGAGGAAUGGGGGGAGUUUUGCCAAUGGUACAAAGCUGUUUUCACUGUCAGCAAAGAAGAAAUCUCCGGCCUAGUUGGCCAUGUUGUCGACGAUGCGGACCCACACGGAGCCAUCACAUUCAACUGCGCCGAGCAGUUCAUGAUGUACUGCAAGGCCGCAAGGUUCCACGAUUACGAGACACAAGCUCGCGUGCUUUCAACGAGUAGCCCCAAGGAGCAGAAAGCCCACGGACGGGCAACAGCCGGCUUUACGCAUGAGAAUUGGGACCAGGUCAAGAGCGAAGUCGUUGUAGCUGGCAACAUUGCAAAGUUCAGUCAGAACCCACAUUUAGGACGCAAGCUUCUGUCCACGGGCGACCGUCUGCUGUGCGAAGCCGCCUCUAAAGACCGCGUAUGGGGCAUCGGAUACGCGGCAAAGCAUGCCAUGUCUCAACGACGGCAUUGGGGGGGGGAAUCUCCUAGGCAAGGCGCUAAUGGCGACAAGAGACCAUCUUAG